AGUUGUUAGUGGAUCAAGAGAUGCUACACUCAGAGUAUGGGAUGUUAAUUCAGGUGCCUGUGAACAUGUACUUGUUGGACAUGUGGCAGCCGUUCGAUGUGUGCAGUACAAUGGUCGCCUCGUUGUGUCUGGGGCUUAUGAUUAUAUGGUUAAAGUCUGGAAUGCUGAUCGAGAAGAAUGUUUACAUACUCUUCAGGGUCACACCAAUAGAGUCUACUCUUUGCAGUUUGAUGGUAUCCAUGUUGUGAGUGGGUCUCUUGACACGAGCAUCAGGGUUUGGGACGUUGAGACAGGUCAGUGCCGCCACACGUUGAUGGGCCACCAGAGUCUUACGUCGGGUAUGGAACUCAAGAACAACAUACUCAUAUCUGGAAAUGCUGAUUCCACUGUUAAGGUUUGGGACAUUGUUACUGGACAGUGUCUACAAACGCUCUCAGGUCCUAACAAGCAUCGUUCAGCAGUGACAUGUCUUCAGUUUAACAACAAAUUUGUUGUAACCUCUUCAGAUGAUGGAACUGUCAAGUUAUGGGAUGUGCGUACUGGGGAAUUCCUCAGAAACUUAGUGGCUUUAGAAUCUGGGGGAUCAGGGGGAGUGGUGUGGCGAAUACGUGCAUCAGAUACAAAAUUAGUAUGUGCUGUUGGCAGCAGGAAUGGGACAGAAGAGACUAAGUUACUCGUGUUGGACUUCGAUGUUUAUGAGAACCUCAAGUGAUACAUGUGGACAUUAGUAUUAAAUGGUGUCCUCUCCAUGUAUACUUACAAAGUUCAAAGUGAUGUUAUUUUAACUGUGCUGCCAUGUAACCUCUUGAUUAGUUUCUAUGACGUGUCAGUUGGACAGUGUUUGUGAUGACUAACAUUUUUCUGGUGCUAAUAUUGUACACACACGAUCAUCUGACACUCACCGCCAUUGCCAUCUGCUACACUCCUCCACUUGGCAGACUGUAAAUUUUUCACUGUCAUUUUCUGUAUUUGUAAAACUUGUCAAGUAAACUAACUGGUUAGUUUGUCAGUGCCCCAGUUUAGCACUUCAUUGAACUGUGUUUUUUUAUUAUGCCAUGUUUGCAGUAUAGCAUACUGCAUUUCCUAAGAAAAGCGUUGGAAGAACUCACCAGAACACAUGUACUCUAUCAAAAUAUAAAUAUUUCAUAAUUUUCAUAAACAGGGGAUUGAAAUUUGUUUGUUGAAAAUUAGGUAAUUGGGAGAAUAUGGGCAAAAGAGAUCUGGUGAGGAGAGUAAAUGCACGUGUUUGGAUGUGGUGUUGAGAAUGAUAAUGGGUGUGGCACUAAUAAUGUCCAGUUCCACUUGCUGACUGUGGUAUAUUGCUCAUUGUAUGGGUAUCUGAGGUGGUCGGGGGUAAAUGAUGGUAAAAUACCAACUAAUGAAGGAAUUGCAAUAUUUUUAGCAAGUCAGUAAAAAGUGGCUUUAGUAUGUGUUGGAGUUUCAUAAAAGCAUAGGGAUGAUACUAAGUAAAAGAAUUGCCAAAAAUGAGUUAUAUCUUGAGGAAACCUGAUGUAAGAAGGUUAACUCAUUUAUGUAUAUUUUUUACUUGUUCUUUUGUGGAUUGUGGGAGGGAGAUGGUGAGAGGAAUUGUACGGGUAACAAUUAGAAGCUGGUUAAUGUUUUGGGUCCUUUGUUGUCCCUCUGGUCAGAUUUAGACCAGCUAACUAGCUUUCAGAAUAAAACUCUCACAUCAUUAACUUGUUUAUAAUAGUCAUGGAACUAUAAAUUAUUUCCAUUAAGUGAUGAUUAGUCUGUGUUGGCAUAAUUUGUAUGAUAUAGCAAUGACAUUUACGGAAUUACAAUUUGUGUAUUCUCUUGAUUUUGUUCUUAGCUAAGUUUUUCUAGGUGUAAUGUGAGAGAUUUUUUGAUAAUAAAAUAUCAUAGACCAUAACAAAGCCCUUUA